AUGAAUUUCUACAAAAAACUCAUCAAAACCAACCAAGACAAGCCAGACUAUCAAUGUUUCAGAGAUUGCAAUAUCAAUUUCCAACAAACAUUAGAUCAGAAAAUUUGUUUGUCGAUUAGUGGUGAAGAGUCAAAAGUCAGACAGGUAACCUGUAAACUCGAUGAAAUUAAAUCGCAGAUCAAUCUGGUUCUUACCGUCACCAAGAGAUUUUCAAGGGAAUCUUCAAACUACUUUGACGAGUACCUAUCGAAGUACUUUGAUGACAGCACCAACAUCACAUAUCUAUAUCAACAAAGCGAUUAUUCUGAAUUCCGUCAAUUCACAAUCAGUCUCUACUGUCAUCCAAAGCUCGAGUAUGACAUAAAGUUGAUCAAUGAUUUCCAAAAUAUGAAGGAAGGUGAAACAUAUGAAAUCAUAGCAACUCAUUCUCAAUACAAUCACGUUAAAAUGAAUCUUAAACAUGAUGCCAAGAUGAUUGGAUAUCUCCCACAUGGAUCUAUCGCAGUCUAUGGAUUAUUGCAAACAUCGAUAGAGUCACUGGUUGCCAAGAUCCAUACUCUUCUUGAAUCCUCGGAAACAUCAAAGACCAUCCCAAUCUACCAGAGUAGCAAGCUCCAAUAUGAACAUCUCUUGUUUGACAACAUGAAGCGAAAUUCACUACAGACAGAGUUUGACGUACAAAUCGAUUACUCACAGACUAACGUCAUUAUUAGAGGAAAUACCAAGAAUGUCGAGCACUGUAUCGAUCAGCUCAAAAACAGAGUACAAGAUAUCUCCUACAAGGAAUUCCAAGUCUCACAAUACAUUGAGAAAGACUUUAGUUUCCAAGAUUUUUUGAAAAGCCUCAAGAAGCAGUAUGAUGUUUCUGUUGUUCCAAACUCUCCUGUCUACUCUGUUUUUGGUUCUAAAUCAAUCAAUUGGGAAGAGAUCGACCGAAAAUUCAAAGAAUUGGAACCAGUUAUUCGUAUAUUCCCAGAUCAAGGCCAAGUCGACAAUCUUCAACUCCAAGACAACUUUGGAUUGAUUUCAAUCGAAUAUCGACCAGAGAAGAACUAUUUCAUAGUUGGAAGAAAUCAAAAGCAAGUUCAAGAUGUCAUUACGAAAUUAAACGAAUUGAUUAUGAACAGAGAAACAAAGAGCAUCAAGAUCGACUUUCAAUCGAAGGUAUUGUUGCACUUUACCAAAAAGAGCAAUAUUCAACAGACAUUUUCAGCUAAAUUCCCUGGAGUUCAACUUAGUUUCAGAGAUAUGGCAGUUGGAUUGUGUGGACCAAAACAUCUUUUAACGAAUGCUAGAAGCGAGUUGAUCAAACAAAUCAAUGAUCUACAGAAAGCAUUGGUAUCCAAGAGAACUACUCACUCACUUCCACCCAAGGUUGCACGUGACGUACUCAAGCUUGACUUUUGCGUUAACUUCAACGAGGAUAAUGGUGUUUGGAUAUCAGAUGAUAAUGAACAGUGCGAGUUCAAUCCUCCAAAUGACGAUCCAAACAAUAAUGUUCAAUCUUAUUCUCCAAGAGUAGAUAAUGUAAACAGCAACAAUCACAAUACCAAUUACAACAAGAAGCCAAGUGUCCAGACCAUGCUUUCAAAUCUCAGAGUUCACAAGACUGAGUUUAAUGUUGAAAAGGUUGACAUUCUCACUUGUGGUACUGAAACUAUUGUUAAUGCUGCCAAUGACGCCCUUUAUCAUGCUGGUGGUAUAGCCGGUGCCAUCUCAAAAGCAGCUGGACCAGCAUUCCAAAAGGAAUGUACAGACUAUGUAAAUAACAAUGGUAAUCUCAAUGUAGGAACCUCACAUGAAUCAUCUUCCUAUGGUCUACAGAAAUUCGGUAUCAAGAGUGUAAUUCAUACAGUUGCCCCGAUGUGGUACAACCAUUCUCCAGAUCAAGUAAAAGCACUUCUCAAAUCUUGUGUUCAAUCUGCUUUGACCAUCGCAACAAAGAAAGGAUACAAGAGUAUCUCAAUUCCAGUGAUUGGCUCGGGUGUCUAUUGUAUCCCGAAAGAUGUUGCUACUGAUGCCAUUGUAAGUGCAGCAACUGAAUACAUCCACGAUGUUAACUCCAAGUACUUCUCAAGUAUCAGAGGAUCUACUUCCUUGCGACAAAUCAAACUAAUCGACAUCGAUGACGGCUGUGUGUACAACCUAAAAGUCAGUCUCAUGAAGUACAGUAACAUCAAGUCCAACAACAACAAUAAUAAUAAUAAUUAUAAUAAUUACUCUGACGACGUAAUAUUUGAUUAUAAUGAUGAAGAGACAAUGAAUGAAGUCAAUUUCAGAAAUAAUCUCAAAAUCAAUCAACCAGAAAUUUUCAAAGUUGGAUACCAGUGGAAAUGGAGAGAGAAUGAUGGAAGUUAUAAGAAUUUCGAUCCGGAUCAGAAUUAUCAGAUUGAAAUUGGAUAUCUUCAAAAACAAAAAAAGAUGACUGUAGUUGGUGACCUCAAUGGAGUUUCAAAUGGUGGACAGUAUGAAAUUGAUUUCGAAAAGAUGACCGAACUCAAUUUGAAGUACAAAACCAAUCCUCGUCCAAUUAGACGUGAGAAAAUGGAAAUUGAAAUUGUUGGAACAUGGUACUUUAUCAACUCGACUGGUCAGAGAGUAGAGAUCAUUGAUAAAGAAGGUCAAAUUCAGAUGGCUUGCAAUCGUUCAAUGAGCAUCAGGGUUGAUAACUAUAAGAUAAGUUUCCCAGAUUCCACGGUUGAAGUUUUUGCAAAUAAUGCGUCAGUCGGAAAGUUCCCACUCAAAUCAUCCUAUGAGCAAUCGUUUGAAAGUUAUGUUGCUUCCAACACAACAAACAGCAGUUCACCAACGAACCGUCCCAAUCAACCAAACCCAACUCCAGCUCCAACCCCAUCAACCCCACCAGGAAAGACAGAAGAUAUGGUAAAUGUUGUACUCUGGUCUCCAAGUCACAACCCAAAUGUAUCAAGGGAUAAAAUGAUAAACUCUAUCAAAGAACAGCUAUAUCAUCACCAUACUAUCAAUCUCUCUGUUAAGGGUCUACUUGAACAGCAUAAAGAUAAGGUCUUGAAAGCAAUCAAAUCAAACUUUUGUGAAUUAAAAAACCAAGGACUAAAUUCGAUCGAUAUCUAUGGACCAAACGUGUACACUUCAAGCGUUGAAAAUCAAAUCCUUUUAAUACAAUCACUAAACAGUGGUGUUCAAAUGGUAUAUCCUUGGGAUACCACCAGUAAAGUAGACAGACUCAAAGAUAUUCCACUUACAUCGGAGGAAGGUAAACUGGUCAAUGGAUAUUUUACAAAGACACUGUCAGCUCCCGCCAAGAUUGAAAAGAUCGAGAAAGUUCAAAACAAUGAGAGUUGGUCUAGAUAUUUCGACAAUGCGCUGUCCAUCAGUAGGAGAUUGGAUCCAUCUCAAACAAUUCAUGGUAAUACAUUGAACAAAUAUGAGAUGUACCUGUUCCACGGCACUAGAAAACUUAAACCCUCAGAAAUCUAUAAUGAUGCUCAUGCUUUCGAUAUGAGAUUCUCUGCCCAAGGAAUGUGGGGCAAAUCCACAUACUUCGCCGUGAACGCGUCUUAUUCUGGUGGAAAUUAUCCAUAUGACCUAGGAAACGGCAAAUUCCAAAUGUUCUUGGCACGUGUAAUGAUCGGUGAUUCUGUAUACCAAGCACCCAAUACAUCAAUCCAACGUCCUCCUCCGAAACCAAAAAACCCAAAUGAUGACACUGUUAUUUGUUAUGACAGUAUCAAUGGUGAUACCAAUGGAAGCAAAGUUUACAUGAUCUAUGACAUCAAUAGAGCUUAUCCAUCUUAUUUGAUUACUUUUACUAAAUAA